AUGACAUCUGUUAUGGGCAAUACAUUAUUCAUUCUUUUAUUAAUAUUUACAAUAACAAAUUCAAUUUAUUCUUAUCGUUUAACUGAAGAAGAAGAUGCCGAACAUCAAUUGAUUAAUAAUGAUGAGUUUAAUAGACGAAGUGUUCUUUGGCCAAAAAUUUGUUUUCCUUCGUUAAGAAAAAAAGAUGCACAACAAAAUAUGAAUGAUCAAAAUCAACAAUAUGGAUAUAGUAAACAUCUGGCAGUUCGAAUGGCACGAAAAUGUUAUCCAUUUGAUAAAUAA